AUUUGUGAUGUUUGAAUUUGAAAGGAGUUUGUGUGAGAGAUUAGGAUAAGAGAUAUGCGCCGUGGUUGAAGCGAGAAGGAAGGGUCCGCGCGCCAUGGCUGGCAUCACCACCUUCCCCUUCAAACUCUUUCACUCUCCUCUCUUCGCUUCUUCCGAUUCCAAACUCUUCGGCCUUUCCCUAUCUAAUCCCAAUUCCCUCAAAUUCCACUCUUCUCUCUCCACCUCUCUCUCCUACGUCUCCGCCCGCUGCUCUUCCGACUCCGGCAGGCGCCAGUCCGACUCCGAAGACGAACAAGCUCUCGACCUCUCCACUCUCAGGUCAGAUACCGUGAGGCUUAUUGAUCAGAAUCAGAAUAUGGUUGGAGUAGUGUCAAUUGAUGACGCCAUUCAAAUGGCUGAAGACGUCGAACUCGACUUGGUAAUAUUAUCUCCAGAUGCAGAUCCUCCUGUGGUUAGAAUAAUGAAUUACAGCAAAUAUAGAUAUGAACAACAAAAGAAGAAAAGAGGACAGCAGAAGAAAAGUGCUGCUAGUCGGAUGGAUUUGAAGGAGCUCAAAAUGGGAUACAACAUAGAUGAACAUGAUUAUUCAGUACGUUUGAAAGCUGCACGGAAAUUUUUGAAAGAUGGUGACAAGGUUAAGGUCAUAGUAAACCUUAAAGGUCGUGAAAAUGAAUUCAGGAAUAUGGCUAUUGAGCUUAUUACACGUUUUCAGAAUGAUGUUGGGGAGCUUGGAGUAGAGGAGGCUAAAAACUUCCGUGACAGGAACAUCUUCAUAAUUUUGGUUCCAAACAAAGCUGCUGUGCAGAAAACUCAAGAACCACCAAAGAAAAAAGAUAAAUCAGCUGCAGCAGAUGAAGUCUCCGCCAGUGUCCAAGCAUAACCGAAAACCUCCACGCUAGUUUCUAAUCAUAGAACGGAUUGCGAGUAACUUGUAUUGGUCUGAGCUGUAAUUUUUCCCCCCGAGUAUUGUAUAUGAUUGUAUGAUUCAUGUGCAAUAAUAGCUUAUAAGUUAACGAGAAUUUUAAUCAUAGAGGCAGCCUUGGCUUUUUGAA